GGGGCUCUAGUGAGCUAAUUUAGGUUGACUUAUGCCCACCGAUUCAGAAUUCAGAUAGACUUGUCGGUCUUUAGUUCUGUCAGGAAAUAUAUUUAAAAUUGAUGGGGGAGGGGCGUCAAUGAGUUAAUGCCUAUAUUUUUUAUUUCAGAAAGUUUUAGCAAGUUAUUUGAAUGGCGGGGCUGGCUGGUGCCGAGCCGGCUGUCGUACAGUAUGUACCUGCUUCACAUGAACCUGGUGCACGCCGCGCUCGGCCUGCGCACACAGCUCGCCACAAUCUCGCCCUUCUACUUGCUGGUGACAUACUUCGGUAUCUUGAUGAUGUCUUUUCUGAUUGCUCUGCCGUUCUACCUGGUGGUGGAAGGUCCACUGGCCGGGCUGCUGCUGUCGUUGCUAGGCAACAGGCAGAAGACACACCCGCAACAUAACAACGAGAAGAAGUUGACUUAGGAUAUAAUGUGAUAACACUAAAAUUAGAUUUGUUUAAUGGCGUACUUAAUUAGUCUUUCUACUGCACUUGUUGC